AAUUUACCCGCCUUUUUUAUUAAAUUUUUUAAAAAAAGUUGUAUAUUGUUCUCUGCAAUUGAAGAACUAUAAUUCGAUCUUUGGUUGUUAUAAAGCGUAGUUGAAAAAAGUUUACGAUAUUCUGGAAUAAAGAGCAAAUAAUUUGCACCCGUGGAAACCGUAUCUCGGGAUACAAUCGAAAGUUUUUCCCGCGAUUAAAACUUAGAAACUUUCGCGUGGACUUCGCGAAAGUAUGGAGUGGCAAGAAGAGGAUGAAUACAGUUCCAUUUUUUCCAAGAGAUAUUCCAUUAUGAUGGCGGAAGAAUCCUCAUUACCAAUUAUUUAUUACCGAUCACAAAAUUUGUUAUCGAUAAAUAAAAAUUAGGUACGGUACUGAUUGUGACGCGGGCAGUGAUGCCGUAGUCAAGGCGACCGCAGCAGCAGACAACCAACACUCCGACUAGCCGUCGACAACAAAAUAUACAGGUUCGUCGGAGUGUGCUGCUCCGCUUUUCCACUUCUACGGUGCCUUGGCUGUCGCAUGGUUUCCUGGGUGACAAGCUCGGCGGUUCCUUGAACGGCAAAAGCUCGGUUGAAAUACGUAGGGAGACACGUUCGGUCGCGCAAGUGCGUCCGGGCGUCGUAUUGAAAGUACACGCCAUUCAUGAAGACAGAUACUUCCUUUCACAAACGGGGAGCUAAUAGUGGUAGUGAUACAGUGGGAGUAGAAAGAGGUGAAGGAGUGAUUGCCAUGACUACGACAGGAGCUCAGUAUGCCCUUGCAGCAUCCACCAGAGCUAAUAACAGUGGGGGUAACUCUACAACAGUGGGGGUAGAACCUAAGCCAAGCGUUGUUGUCGUGACUACUUCUAGCUCCAGUGGCAGUGGUAAUGCAGCACAAAGUCAAUCUACGAGAGGACAGCAACUUAUCACUGUUGUUACUAGUUCUGAUCCUUCUAGCCCAAAUAAUUUGCAACCUAUACAGUUAUUGGUUCAGGAUCCACUUGAAGCAGCUGCAGAUUCUUCCAAUGGUUCAACAGGUACUCCAGCACAUGUUACAGCACAAGUAGUAGUGAAUACUACCCAUUCUGGUCAGCAUACCCUUGUUGAUUCUGAUGCUGCAUCUACGUCUGCUGGUACCAUUGUCAGUGGAUCUCCACAUUUUAUUACAGUAACAGGCACCAGUGACUCACCAUCCUACGCAUCCCUCACAACGGCAGUAGUGUCUGGUGAACCAGAAGCUGUGGGGUCUGAGUCAGUUUCUCAUCCUACUUAUGUUCAAUAUGUUGAGGGGGAUGGUUCUACAUAUAUACCAACAAAUGGCCAAAUGACAUAUCCUGUAUAUGCAGUUGGAGAAGCAGGAGCAAUGUACACUCCUGCUUCCAGUCAAUAUUAUACACCAGCAACUACUCCAGUAACAUAUGCUCAGGUUACUGGUCAAGGUUCAAAUUCUACAACUGGUCAAUUGUUAUCUCAAGGUAAUGGGACAUAUCUCAUUCAACAGAGUGUCGUAGACGGAGAUCCAACAACACACGCGUUAAUAUCUGCAGCUACUGCACGUGCUAGUCCACAAACGGAAAAUACGGAAACUGUGGUUAGCGGAGGUGGAGGGGCAUAUUUGAUCAGUGGUAAUUCAGGAAAUGCUGCUGUCACCGUGGAAGAUGCUGCAACAGCAGCUGCAAAUAUGACGCAUGCCACUAGAGUUUCUCAAGCAACAGUUCAUUGGUUGCUUGAAAAUUAUGAAACAGCAGAUGGUGUCUCUCUUCCAAGAUCCACUCUUUAUAAUCAUUAUUUACGUCACUGUUCUGAAAAUAAAUUAGAUCCAGUAAAUGCUGCAAGUUUUGGAAAAUUAAUACGUUCUGUUUUUUUGGGCUUAAGAACCAGACGAUUAGGCACGAGAGGAAAUUCAAAAUAUCAUUAUUAUGGAAUUCGCGUUAAACCCAGUUCUCCUUUGGUUAUGCUAAAUGAAGAUGGAACACCUCGUCAACAACAAAAUACAAAUUCACAAACAAAACGAUUUAAAUUUGUAAAUCAAAAACAAGAUACCACAUAUGAAAAUAAUCCACAUUCAAAUACGAACAUUUCUUCGAAUAAUUCACCGCCACAAUAUCAUCAAUAUCUUGGUGAGGCAAGUGGUGCCAUUCCAGAAUUUCCAGAAAUAAUAGUUGGGCACAGUUCAUCUCUUCCAGAAGAUUGUACGUUAGAAGAUAUUGAUACGUUCCGUAGCAUAUACAGAGAACAUUGCGAAGCUUUUUUAGAUGCUGUUCUCAAUUUUGAAUUUGCUACUGUUGAAAGUCUUUGGAGAGAAUUUUGGCGUAGUCAAGACAAUAAUAAUGGUGAUGAAUGUGAGGAGGAAAAAUAUUUAUCAAAGACUAAGCUAUAUCAGAUGUGUAAAUGUUCAGAAGUUCAAGAUUUCAUAAGGAAAGUUGAUUAUACGUUUUAUCAAAAUUUGGUAGAAGUAUUAAUGCCUAAUGUAUUGCGACCCAUACCAAGUUCAUUAACACAAUCUAUUCGAAAUUUUGCAAAAGGAUUAGAAUCAUGGUUAACAUCAGCAAUGGCUGAUUGUCCAGAAGAAAUGACUCAAAUAAAGUUGACUGCUGUAUCUGCGUUUGCUCAGACAUUAAGGCGUUACACAUCAUUAAAUCAUCUUGCUCAAGCUGCACGUGCAGUGCUUCAGAAUUCUAGUCAAAUAAAUCAAAUGCUAGCUGAUUUAAAUCGUGUUGAUUUUCAUAAUGUGCAAGAACAGGCUUCUUGGGUAUGUCAAUGCGAUUAUGCAAUGGUACAACGUCUUGAAGCAGAUUUUAAAGUAACGCUACAACAACAAAAUUCAUUAGAAGAUUGGGCAAUUUGGUUAAAAAGUGUUGUAACGAAAGUUCUUAAACCGUUUGAAGAAAAACCAACAUUUGCAAAAGCUGCUCGACAAUUUUUGCUCAAAUGGUCCUUUUAUAGUUCCAUGGUUAUUCGUGAUCUUACUUUAAGAAGUGCAGCUAGUUUUGGAUCUUUUCAUUUAAUUCGAUUAUUAUAUGAUGAGUAUAUGUUUUACUUGAUUGAGCAUCAAGUAGCAGUUGCCACAGGAACAACUCCAAUUGCAGUAAUGGGAGACAAAAGUCAAAAUUGCUCUUUAAUUAGCGCAUUUGGUGCCACUUCUAAUGGAGAUACAUCAAAUGCGAAUCAACCAAAACGUAUGAAACUAAGCUAACUGCGUGCCUACGCCUUUUAGUUUUGAAAAUAAGCCAUUAGCACCUGAGAAUGACAUUAGCACAAGAGCAUGCAGGCCUAUUAAUACACUAGUCCUAUAAAUUAUAAUUUUAUAUAAGAUGAGAUCUUAUUGUAUUAUGACUUUGACAAAGAAGAUUUUUGCAUAACGAACGCCCAGGAUGUAUACAAUCUAAGUAAGUUUGUGUGAUAUAACAUGUAGAAUAUGUAAUGCAAUCAUGAGUUGAAAUCUACUUUAGGAGAUUAUUAUUUUUUUAUUCAUUUUUGUAUCUCUCGAUUAGAAUUAUUUUUUUGAUAAAUAGAAUCCAAAAAUAUUUUUAAUUUUAAAAUUAUAGUUAUACAUAUAUAAAUAAAAUUUUAACUUUAAAGAAAAUGAAAAUUAACUGGAAUAGUAUCAAAAGUCAUGUGUCUUCUAAAAAGUGCAUGUUAUUAUCAUAUAUCUAAUAAGAAUCAUAAAAUGAUUAUAUAGAUGAAAUAUAUUGUUUGGUCUUUUUUACGUUGUUCGGUUUUUGCCAUUCGAUUUUCAUUAUUCAAUUAUAUAUGAAUAUUGGCCAAUUAUCAAUUAAUAUAAUACUCAUUAAUAUAA